AUUAAAAAAGUUUGAGGGGUGAGUUUCAAAUUUCCCAUAGGUGAGGGGUGUACGUGCAUUUUCACAGCUUAGCUUCUCUGUCCCCGGGAUCUAUUUAAAGCCAACCUCGUCGGACGGCGCCGCCCCGAGGAAAGGGGCCGCGGAAACCGACGCGAGAGAUUUUCGGAGAUAUUUUUCAGGAUUAUCAUACUUCUCUUCGAUGCAAUUGGCAGAGAAAAGAUUCGGCCUUUUUGGGGAAGGCAAGCAAAUUAGGGUUUCAUCUUUUCUAUAUCUUCUAGCGAACAGAUGGCCAGUUCGUUGAUGCCGUGAAGCUCCAUGUCGGUGGCUGCGCGGUCCGGUCUAGGCUCCGCUUCUGGGGACGUAAAUGCUGGUGGGGCCCUCAACGGCGCGCCGAACUCCUCUGCUCCCGGCAUCGGUGCUAGCUCGCUUGCCAUGGAUGUCAAGUCCUCGCUCUCUGCAGGACCACCCCACCCGCAGCUGAAGCAAGGUGCCUCAAGCGUCACGUCUCCUUCCGCGCCGGAUGGCCGAAUAAAUGCUAUAAAGAAACCAAGAAUUGAUGUCAUGCAGGAGGAUAUACUGCACAAGCAGAUGAUCCAGCAGCUGCUUCAGGGGCAGGAUCAGAGCCCACAGUUGCAGGCCUUAAUCCAACAGCAGAGGCUACAGCUACAUCAACAGCAGCAGAAACAGCAGAUCUUGCAGUCCAUUCCUCAGAUUCAGCAUGCUCAAAUAAUCCAGCAGCAGCAGAAACAGCAGCAGCUGAUUGGCCUGGGGAAACGCCCCAUCGAUAGUGGGAUAUGCUCUCGCCGGAUUAUGCAGUACUUGUAUCACCAGCGUCAUCGGCCAGCAGAUAAUUCGAUAUUUUAUUGGAGGAAGUUUGUUGCCGAAUAUUUUGCGCCAAGAGCAAGGAAAAGGUGGUGCUUGUCACUAUAUGAUGAUAUAAGCAACCAUGCGUUGGGCGCUUUCCCUCAAACAGCUGUGGAUGCUUGGCAUUGUGACAUCUGCAGCUCUAAAUCAGGGAAGGGAUUUGAGGCUACUUUUGAAAUACUUCCUAGGCUUUGCCAAAUCAAAUUUGACCGUGGUGUUAUUGAUGAACACCUUUUCCUUGACAUGCCCCACGAAUGCCGGCUGUCAACUGGAAUAAUGAUCUUGGAGUAUGCAAAAGCUGUCCAAGAGAGUGUUUAUGAACAUUUGCGUGUUGUUCGUGAGGGACAACUCCGUAUCGUAUUCACACCAGAAUUAAAGAUAAUGUCUUGGGAAUUCUGUGCACGACGUCAUGAAGAAUUUCUUCCACGCAGAUUUGUUGCACCUCAGGUAAACCAGUUAUUACAAGUUGCGCAGAAAUGCCAAGCUGGGGCAACUGAAAGUGGAUCAGCUGGAGGCUCAAAUCAAGAUUUGCAAUCAAGCUGCAACAUGUUUGUGACGUCAGGUCGUCAGCUAGCAAAAAAUCUGGAGCUACAGUCAUUGAAUGACCUAGGGUUUUCUAAACGAUAUGUGCGGUGUUUACAGAUAUCUGAGGUUGUCAAUAGCAUGAAAGAGUUGAUGAAUUUUAGCCGCGAGCACAAGAUUGGACCCAUAGAGAGCUUGAAGAACUAUCCUGGCCAAGUUGCUGCUAAGAUUCAGAACCAAAAGGCGCAGGAAAUAGGGCAGCAGUCAGCAACUCCUAAUAGCCUUCUGACAGAUCAGACCACUCUUAACAAAAUUACGGGCAUCCACCCAAAUAUCAGCACUCACAUGAACAAUAACGUUGCAGGUAACCAAGUCCGCAAUAACCCCCCACAAAGUGCUGCUUCAUUAAGCAAUUACCAAAGCCUGCUAAAGAAUUUGAGCCCAAAGCAGAGUGCUCUUCAACAGGAAGCAUUAAUAAGUGCUUCUAAUGGUCAGGCAAAGCCUGUGCAAUUCCACAGCAUGGUAUCAUCCGUUGUAGCAAACGGCUUAUCAGGGGUGAACGAAAAUUCGCAGCAACAUGUAAUUCAGCAGCUUCUGCAAGAAGUGAUUAAUAAUAGCAGGACGCCACAGCAACAGUCUCCUACUGCUCCGAUUGUUAAUGGUAGUGUGGCCGGUGGGGACGUAAUACGAAAUAAUAUUAGCAGUUCCGGAGGCCCCUCAGGGAUGAAUAUUGGGUCAGUAAGAAAUUCAUCGCCAUUGGGAAAUAUUUCCAAUGUCAUGAGCCACAAUAUGAACGCAUCAAUUUUGGGAAAUAUUUCUAGCGUCAUGAGCAACAAUAUGAACGCGUCCCACGUAGGAAAUGUUCCUACCAACGUGAGCAACAAUGCCAUGGGCAGGAGUAACAGCUUCAAAUCUGUCGAUAGCAAUCCAACUGUUGUCGGCGAAAGCAGCAUCAGCUCAAGAGCCGACUUGGAUUUGCCCGAGCUUGAUCAAAUCGCUCGAGAAUUUGCUGAAAAUGGGUUGUUCAAUGGGGAGCCAUGUGAUAUGGGAUACGAUUGGAAAAUGUGAAAAUAUUAAAUAUGGCGAGUUCAAUGUAUGAUUAGAGAUAUUGUAUAGCAACCUUAAUAUAGUGGCUUGAUUUUGUACUACGUGGCUACCUGGCGUUUCUUAAAUUUUAUCUCUUGGCAGUUUUGAACUUUGCCGCCUUUACAUGGUUUCGUUAUUGCUGAACUGUGCAGUGUUCGUAAUGGUAUUUCUAGCUUUCUCGGAAGCCUCUUAUGUAUUUCUGGUGUUGCGCAGUUGACGAAAUCAUUGCUGCUAAGAUCUUCCAGGUUUGUUUUGCUUCUCACAUGUUAUUUCAUUGCGUUCUGGGAACAUAGGAUGGUUUAUCCCCGGAUGGUUGGAUUGUGGAGUUUAGCUUAGACAUCUGUUAUUAGCUUAAAACUUGUGUACUCCGCGAGAGAGUAUAGCGUCUGUCGGACGUGAACUCGUAUUUUGAUGAUGUUAGUAAACGUGAUUCAAGCUAAUCAAAAUUGUGAAUGCUUUUCUA